UGCGCGCGCGCGUCUGCUUCACGCAGCAGCAGCAGCAGCCCCUUGCACAGACGCGAAAGCACACACCGCGAACUGUAAUAGCUUUUGAAAAAAAAAACAACGUGCGCUUUUGAGCUUCCAAGUUACAGUGUGUUCCGUUUACUCGCGGAUAGUUUUGGUUCAGUGAAAUUACUACCUUUACGAAAAAAAAAAGAGAGAAGAAAGAAAAAAGUAUGCGCAAGUCGAGCUUUUUGCUGAUCGCGUGUAUAUGGUUGAGCGCGUUGGCGACGAGCUUUCUGCCGUGCGACGCUGCGCCCUCUCCAAAGUACCUCAGUAGUGGCGCGAGUGAGCCUCAUCACAAUCGUCACGGCGGGGAGCAUUACUGGCACAAGCCCUGCGGCAUUCACCUCAACGACAUCUCAAUCGGCGCCAGAGCGUCAAAGUCGGAGGUCAGGUCGAGCAUGAUGAGCGUGCGCAUACAGUUCCAGCUGGUCUUCAACGACUUCCAGAAGCAGAAUUACGAUUAUUUGUACGACGACGCGUCGAACGAUUUGAAAGAGAAACACUACGUGCCGAACUGGUUGCCCUGGAAUACGAGCUGGAUCAAGGAUCUCACCAAGGCCAGAUUUAAGGGGAUAGCCGAUCUCAUGCCGAUGUUGCACUCGGACCUGCAAAAGUUUGCCAUGGCCCUCGAGAUGGUCCACGGCGACGAGCAGAGGAGGAAGAAGGUCAAGGACGCCCUGUUCUCGACCAAGAACUAUCUGAAAUCGCUGUUGUGCGAGGUGGAGACGAGCAUCGCGUCGAUGCAAGCGAAGAUACCGGACCCCAUCGGGCGCGAAAUCAUGACGAGCGAGGAUCGCAAGCACCUGGACGAGACGAACCGAAUCGUGCGCGACUGGGGCAUCUUGCUCAAGUACAAGAAUUAUCUGUUCGCCUGGGAGCACGUUUUCGAGAAGCCCAUCCAGAAUUAUGAUGAUGAGGACGAUGAUUAGCAUCAAUGAUAAAAGAAAAAUAUACGCGAAAAGUUUGAGGCUCUUAUACGACGCGAGGCUGGACCUCGGCCAAUUCCUCGGCUUCUAUAUUUACUUUUACAUUUAUUCGAAUCUCCAGGCUAUGCAUGUGUGUGUGUGUGUGUGUGUUUGUGUGUAAAAAGGCCCUAAUUGACUUAGCGCUGAAUUAUCCUGGCAAAUUAUCCAUGAUUUCGCGAGUUCAUUGAUUGGACUCGCGAAUC